GCUCAGCUGCUAAAGCAAACUUGGCGUUAGAAUAAAAAAAGCACGCUAAGACGAAGACGCGCACGAAAACUGAACGGAAAAACGGAAAAAGGCAAAGGCGGACGAAGCAGCGCCAAAGGAGAGGCGUAAGCAAGCGCUAAAAAUUAAAAAAAAGUAUAUAUUAAAAAAACUUAGCGCUAGGCUUCGAAAUUCGCGGAAAUAAUAAUCAAAUUAAGAGUGUGCCUGUGUGUGUGUCUGUUUAAAGCCGAAGCAACAACAACAACAAAGCAGUAGCACAACAACAAUUAAAACAUCCAAAAAGUAUAAAUACCUAUAUUAAAUAAAACCCCUAAUCAAAUGCAGGAUCCUCUACCACAACAACAACAAAAACAACUGUCGCGUCUCCUAAUGAAACAAUAAUUGAAUAAUUGAAUUAACCAAUAACGAAAAAUAAGAAAAACAAGAAAAGCAAAGCAAAGCAAAACGAAUAACGAGUAAAAAGUAAGCCUGUCGAGGAGAUAUAUAUAUCUGCACAUCAGCGUUUAAAGUACCAUAAAUAGUUGUUCUUAUCUAUACCCACACUCAAUUAAUUGCAGCCGAAUGCACGACUCCUUGCAGAAAGAAGGAUCGUAAAUAGAGUCUAAAGAUAUAUAUCUGCAUAUGCACAUAUAGCGACGUUCACGAACUGUCACUGUCGCUGUCACUGUAACUGAGAGCGAUCGAUAGCCUGUAACUCCAUGUGUGUGCAUAAGUGGCAGCAUCAGUAGCGCACCCAAGGACCAAGGACCUCAUCCACAUAGCCCAUCAAUCUUUUAGAUGCCAGUGGCGGAUCUCCCCCUUUAAGGCAUCGCAUCGCAUCGAAUCGAAUCGAAUCGAAUCGCAUCCAUUGGACAAGGACAAGGACUGCAGGACUGCAGGACAACAGGACAGUGACUGACGCAUCCCGCGCUCGUUUGAUCGUUCGUUCGCUCGCUAGCUCGCUCUAUCGCUCUAUCUCGCUCUCGCACGCACCAAAAAACCAAAACAGAAAUACAAGAAAACAAUACCAACCAAGCCAAAAACCAAAUAAUACCAAGCUAAACAGACGCCUCAUUACCAAACAUCGAACGUUUCGUUGUCGUUUAACCAAAAACCAAAAGCGAAUCAAUACCGAAUCAAUCCAAGCCAAGCCAAGCCAAUCCAAAACCAAUCCAAUCCAAUCAAAUCAAAUCAAAUCGAAAAGAAACACUCCAAACUGCAAACGAGACAUAGAAACAGAACAGUAAACUGUAGCAGAAACACCAAAAGCAAAAAGGCAAAAGAUAAAGCUAAGGCAAUCAUCAGUCAAAGUCGAUAACCAAAACCAGCAACAUUCAGUUAAAAAUGGCCGAAGACGCUACCAUGGAGACAUGUCCAAGUCCUGAAAUCGGCGACUCACGCAAAAGGCCACUCGAUUCCGAUCCGGAAAAUGAACAAACAAAACGCUCACAUUUCAGUUCCGGUGAGUCAGUUUGUUCUGGAAUUGAGGUUGAAAUUGAAAAUAAUAACAAUAAUCAUAUUCAUCAUGGCGAGACAACGUACCACAUGAAAAUACUGGUGCCCGCGGUGGCCUCCGGGGCCAUCAUCGGCAAGGGAGGCGAGACGAUCGCCUCCCUGCAAAAGGACACUGGUGCUAGGGUCAAGAUGUCCAAGUCCCAUGACUUUUACCCAGGCACCACUGAACGCGUUUGCCUGAUCACCGGCUCCACGGAUGCCAUCAUGGUCGUGCUCGAGUUCAUCAUGGACAAGAUCCGCGAGAAGCCCGACCUGACCAACAAGAUCGUCGACGCCGAGUCCAAACAGACCCAGGAGCGCGACAAGCAGGUCAAGAUCCUGGUGCCCAACUCCACCGCCGGCAUGAUCAUCGGCAAGGGCGGCGCCUUCAUCAAACAGAUCAAGGAGGAGAGCGGCUCCUAUGUCCAGAUCUCGCAGAAGCCCAAGGAUGUCUCGCUGCAGGAGCGCUGCAUCACGAUCAUUGGCGACAAGGAGAACAACAAGAACGCCUGCAAGAUGAUCCUCUCCAAGAUCGUCGAGGAUCCGCAGUCGGGCACCUGCCUGAAUGUCUCCUACGCGGACGUCAGCGGCCCAGUAGCCAACUUCAAUCCGACCGGCUCGCCGUAUGCCACCAACCAGAAUGCCAUCAACUCGAGCACCGCCUCGCUCAACUCCACGCUGGGCACCACGAUCGGCGGCGCCAACUCGGCGGCCAGCCUGCUAGUCAACGGCACCGGCAUCAACUUGUCCAUCAACCUGGGCUCACCCAAUCCGGCGCCCAAUCUAGCGGUUGCCACUCAGUUGCUCGAGCAUAUUAAGGUUGCCAUGCGCGGUUCUGGUUACUCGGAGACCGUGACGAACGAAGUCGUCUCCGCCCUGGGAGUGCUGGCCAAGUACGGAGUCCUCGGAAUGGGCGUGGGCGUGCCGCACACCAACGGCGCCCACUCGACGCUGGGCAACUUCCUGGGUGUAUCGGCGCUCGAUCAGCAGACUGCGGCCGCCGCAUCCGCGGCCACCGCCAGCAAUGUGUUCGGCGCUGUGGGCCAGGUGAAUCUGGAGCAGUUUGCCGCCGCAGCGGCCGCUGCAGCUGCCGCCAGUAGGCCGACGCAGUCGCAACUGGACGCUGCCGCGGUGCAAUUCGAUCCAUUCCGCCACUUGGGCUCGGCCACGGCGCCGGGCGCCACGCCCGUCUCGCUGAACAACAACAGCUUCGGGCUGACGGCAGCCACGGGCACAGCGACCACGGCGCAGCUGGGCGGCCUCAGCAAGAGCCCCACUCCGGGCGACCUCAGCUCCAAGGACUCGAAGAACGUCGAGGUGCCGGAAGUGAUUAUCGGCGCUAUUCUAGGUCCGAACGGUCGUAGUUUAGUUGAAAUUCAACAUGUUUCUGGCGCAAAUGUGCAAAUUUCCAAAAAGGGCAUAUUCGCACCUGGCACUAGAAAUCGCAUUGUAACCAUAACUGGUCAGCCGAGUGCCAUUGCCAAAGCGCAAUAUCUAAUUGAACAGAAAAUCAACGAGGAGGAGACAAAGAGGGCGCGACAAAUUCCAUUAACCACUGUUGUGAAUUAAA